CAACAUGGCCUCGGCUGGUAACGCCGCCGGGGCCCUGGGCAGGCAGGCCGGCGGCGGAAGGCGCAGACGGACAGGAGGACCGCACCGCGCCACGCCGGACCGGGACUAUCUGCACCGGCCCAGCUACUGCGACGCCGCCUUCGCUCUGGAGCAGAUUUCCAAGGGGAAGGCUACUGGCCGGAAAGCUCCACUGUGGCUGAGAGCGAAGUUUCAGAGACUCUUAUUUAAACUGGGUUGUUACAUUCAAAAGAACUGCGGCAAGUUUUUGGUUGUGGGUCUCCUCAUAUUUGGGGCCUUCGCUGUGGGAUUAAAGGCAGCUAAUCUCGAGACCAACGUGGAGGAGCUGUGGGUGGAAGUUGGUGGACGAGUGAGUCGAGAAUUAAAUUAUACCCGCCAGAAGAUAGGAGAAGAGGCUAUGUUUAAUCCUCAACUCAUGAUACAGACUCCGAAAGAAGAAGGCGCUAAUGUCUUGACCACAGAGGCUCUCCUGCAACACCUGGACUCAGCACUCCAGGCCAGCCGUGUGCACGUCUACAUGUAUAACAGGCAGUGGAAGUUGGAACAUUUGUGCUACAAAUCAGGGGAACUUAUCACAGAAACAGGUUACAUGGAUCAGAUAAUAGAAUACCUUUAUCCUUGCUUGAUCAUUACACCUCUGGACUGCUUCUGGGAAGGGGCAAAGUUACAGUCGGGGACAGCGUACCUCCUAGGUAAGCCUCCUUUGCGGUGGACAAACUUUGACCCCUUGGAAUUCCUAGAAGAGUUAAAGAAAAUAAACUACCAAGUGGACAGCUGGGAGGAAAUGCUGAAUAAAGCCGAAGUUGGCCAUGGGUACAUGGACCGGCCCUGCCUCAACCCAGCCGACCCAGAUUGCCCUGCCACAGCCCCCAACAAAAAUUCAACCAAACCUCUUGAUGUGGCCCUUGUUUUGAAUGGUGGAUGUCAAGGUUUAUCCAGGAAGUAUAUGCAUUGGCAGGAGGAGUUGAUUGUGGGUGGCACAGUCAAGAAUGCCACUGGAAAACUGGUCAGCGCGCAUGCCCUGCAGACCAUGUUCCAGUUAAUGACUCCCAAGCAAAUGUAUGAACACUUCAGGGGCUACGACUACGUCUCCCACAUCAACUGGAACGAGGACAGGGCAGCAGCCAUCCUGGAGGCGUGGCAGAGGACUUACGUGGAGGUGGUUCAUCAAAGCGUUGCCCCAAACUCCACUCAGAAAGUGCUUUCCUUCACCACCACGACCCUGGACGACAUCCUAAAAUCCUUCUCUGAUGUCAGUGUCAUCCGAGUGGCCAGUGGCUACCUACUGAUGCUCGCCUAUGCCUGUUUAACCAUGCUGCGCUGGGACUGCUCCAAGUCCCAGGGUGCCGUGGGGCUGGCUGGCGUCCUGUUGGUUGCACUGUCGGUGGCUGCAGGACUGGGCCUCUGUUCCUUGAUCGGGAUCUCCUUUAAUGCUGCAACAACUCAGGUUUUGCCAUUUCUUGCUCUUGGUGUUGGUGUGGACGACGUCUUCCUCCUGGCACAUGCGUUCAGUGAGACAGGACAGAAUAAAAGGAUUCCAUUUGAGGACAGGACCGGGGAGUGCCUCAAGCGCACAGGAGCCAGUGUGGCCCUCACUUCCAUCAGCAAUGUCACUGCCUUCUUCAUGGCCGCGUUAAUCCCUAUUCCUGCACUGCGGGCGUUCUCCCUCCAGGCUGCUGUAGUGGUGGUAUUCAACUUUGCCAUGGUGCUGCUCAUUUUUCCUGCAAUUCUCAGCAUGGACUUAUAUAGACGUGAGGACAGACGAUUGGACAUUUUCUGCUGUUUCACAAGCCCCUGUGUCAGCAGGGUGAUUCAGGUCGAACCACAGGCCUACACGGAACCUCACAGUAACACGCGUUACAGCCCCCCACCCCCCUAUAGCAGCCAUAGCUUCGCCCAUGAAACACACAUCACCAUGCAGUCCACGGUCCAGCUCCGGACAGAGUACGACCCUCACACUCAUGUGUACUACACCACUGCCGAGCCACGCUCCGAGAUCUCUGUUCAGCCUGUCACCGUCACCCAGGACACCCUCAGCUGUCAGAGCCCUGAGAGCACCAGCUCCACCAGGGAUCUGCUCUCUCAGUUCUCGGACUCCAGCCUGCACUGCCUGGAGCCCCCCUGCACCAAGUGGACACUCUCCUCGUUUGCACAGAAGCACUAUGCUCCUUUCCUCUUGAAACCCAAAGCCAAGGUUGUGGUAAUCCUCCUUUUCCUGGGCUUGCUAGGGGUCAGCCUUUAUGGGACCACCCGAGUGAGAGAUGGGCUGGACCUCACGGACAUUGUCCCCCGGGAAACCAGAGAAUAUGACUUCAUAGCUGCACAGUUCAAAUACUUUUCCUUCUACAACAUGUACAUAGUCACCCAGAAAGCAGACUACCCCAACAUCCAGCACCUGCUUUACGACCUUCACAAGAGCUUCAGCAGUGUCCAGUAUGUCAUGCUGGAGGAGGACAAGCAACUUCCCCAGAUGUGGCUGCACUACUUCAGAGACUGGCUCCAAGGACUUCAGGACGCAUUUGACAGUGACUGGGAAACUGGGAGGAUCAUGCCGAACAAUUACAAAAAUGGAUCAGACGACGGGGUCCUCGCCUACAAGCUCCUGGUGCAGACUGGCAGCCGAGACAAGCCCAUCGAUGUUAGUCAGUUGACUAAACAACGUCUGGUGGACGCAGAUGGCAUCAUUAAUCCCAGUGCUUUCUACAUCUACCUGACGGCUUGGGUCAGCAACGACCCUGUAGCUUAUGCUGCCUCCCAGGCCAACAUCCGGCCUCAUCGGCCAGAGUGGGUCCAUGACAAAGCCGACUACAUGCCAGAGACCAGGCUGAGAAUCCCAGCAGCUGAACCCAUCGAAUACGCUCAGUUCCCUUUCUACCUCAACGGCCUACGAGACACCUCAGAUUUUGUGGAAGCCAUUGAAAAAGUGAGAGUCAUCUGUAACAACUACACAAGCCUCGGCCUGUCCAGUUACCCCAACGGCUACCCCUUCCUAUUCUGGGAGCAAUACAUCAGCCUGCGCCACUGGCUGCUGCUCGCCAUCAGCGUGGUGCUGGCCUGCACGUUUCUAGUGUGCGCCGUCUUCCUGCUGAACCCCUGGACGGCCGGGAUCAUUGUCACGGUCCUGGCUCUGAUGACUGUUGAGCUCUUCGGCAUGAUGGGCCUCAUUGGGAUCAAGCUGAGCGCUGUGCCUGUGGUCAUCCUGAUCGCGUCUGUUGGCAUCGGAGUGGAGUUCACCGUUCACGUGGCCUUGGCCUUUCUGACAGCCAUUGGUGACAAGAACCACAGGGCUAUGCUUGCCCUGGAGCACAUGUUUGCUCCUGUCCUGGAUGGUGCUGUGUCCACUCUACUGGGUGUAUUGAUGCUUGCAGGGUCCGAAUUUGAUUUCAUUGUCAGGUACUUCUUUGCUGUCCUGGCUAUUCUCACCGUCUUGGGGGUUCUCAAUGGACUAGUUUUGCUGCCUGUGCUCUUGUCCUUCUUUGGACCGUGUCCUGAGGUGUCUCCAGCCAAUGGCCUGAACCGGCUGCCCACUCCUUCGCCUGAGCCACCUCCAAGCGUCGUCCGGUUUGCAGUGCCUCCUGGUCACAUGAACAAUGGGUCUGAUUCCUCUGACUCGGAGUACAGCUCUCAGACCACGGUGUCCGGCAUCAGUGAGGAGCUCAGGCACUACGAGGCGCAGCGGGGCGCAGGAGGUCCUGCCCAUCAAGUGAUUGUGGAAGCCACAGAAAACCCUGUCUUUGCCCGGUCCACUGUGGUCCAUCCUGAACCGAGACAUCAUCCUCCCUCAAACCCUCGGCAGCAGCCCCACCUGGACUCUGGCUCCUUGUCCCCCGGACGGCAAAGCCAACAGCCUCGAAGGGAUCCCCCAAGAGAAGGCUUGCGGCCACCCCCCUACAGACCGCGCAGAGACGCUUUUGAGGUUUCUGCUGAAGGGCAUUCUGGCCCUAGCAAUAGGGACCGCUCAGGCCUCCGCGGGGCCCGUUCUCACAACCCUCGGAACCCGACGUCCACUGCCGUGGGCAGCUCUGUGCCCAGCUACUGCCAGCCCAUCACCACUGUGACGGCUUCUGCCUCUGUGACUGUCGCUGUGCACCCUCCACCUGGGCCUGGGCGCAAUCCCCGAGGGGGACCCUGUCCAGGCUAUGAGAGCUACCCUGAGACUGACCACGGCGUGUUCGAGGACCCCCAUGUGCCUUUUCAUGUCAGGUGCGAGAGGAGGGACUCGAAGGUAGAGGUCAUAGAGCUACAGGACGUGGAAUGUGAGGAGAGGCCAUGGGGGAGCAGCUCCGACUGAGGGUAAUUAAAAUCUGAAGCAAAGAGGCCAAAGAUUGGAAAGCCCUGCCCCCACCUCUUUCCAGACUGACUGCUUGAAGAGAACUGCUUGGAAUUAUGGGAAAGCAGUUCGUUGUUACUGUAACUGAUUGUAUUAUUUUUGUGAAAUAUUCCUAUAAAUAUUUAAGAGGUGUACACAUGUAAUAUACAUGGAAAUGCUGUACAGUCUAUUGCCUGGGGCCUCUCCACUCCUGCCCCAGAGUGGGGAGACCACAGGGUCUUCCCCCUGUGUACAUUGGGCUCUGUGCCGCAACCAAGCUUAACUUAGUUUUUAAAUUUUCCCAGCAUAUGUCGCUGCUGCUUAAAUAUUGUAUAAUUUACCUGUAUAAUUCUAUGCAAAUAUUGCUUAUGUAAUAGGAUUAUUUGUAAAGGUUUCUGUUUAAGAUAUUUUAAAUUUGCAUAUCACAACCCUGUGGUAGGAUGAAAUGUUACUGUUAACUUUCGAACACGCUAUGCGUGAUAAUUGUUUAACGAGCAGACAUGAAGAAAACAGGUUAAUCCCAGUGGCUUCUCUAGGGGUGGUUUUAUACGGUUCUCAUGGGUGUGUGCGCAUGUGAUUUUCCAAUGUACUGUACUGUGAUUUUUUUGUUGUUGUUGUUGUUGUCAUUUCUCUUUGCUUUGUGUGGCCUUAGCUCUGGCCUAGUUGAGCUGGGAAGGUCCAGGUCUCUUUCUGCCUUGGUCCUAGUGGAAGGAUGGCCCCAUCAUCAUCUGUCUUGAUCUCUGGGAGUAUUCAAGAGAAGCCAGACUUGCUUCAUGCCUGUGGCAGCUCCUGAGGUCAUGGGUAGCUCUCCAGGCACCCUACCUUGUGUUUCAAAGAGGCUGUGUUCCCAGAGGUCAUAAUGUUGGCUGUUAGAGCCACUGUCUCUAGAGUCUCACCAGUUACCACUGGUGGUGAGUCUCAGCUGGGCAUGAGAUUACACUCGAGGGAAGUGUGGUUGUACCUUUCUGAUGAUCAACACAUACACACAGCCUCCUACCCCCAUGUCACAGAUACAGGCAUUUCAAAACAAAACAAAACAAAAAACUAUUACAUUCAAGGUCCGUAUUCAGGCCUUUAU